GCCGCGCUUUUCCCCCCUCAGAAAACAACAAGAAGCGACAACAACAAAAACACUAAAACACAAACAUUUAGAAUCACACAGCUCACGAUGUUUGUGAAUUCAUGUCCCGAGCACGAGGGAGGUGACGCGGAUAAGUUUAAGAUGAAAACAUCGUCAUAUGAAGGGAAUGGUUCUUCCACGAUCUACUCUCCUUCAUAUAGCCCUCAAAACCAGAGUUCAAGAAGCACAUUCACCAGCUCUUGGUCAGAGAGUGAGGAUAAUGCUAUAUCAGUUGUAGAACCAUCAGCAGCUGAUAAACUCAGGUCGAUCUGGUCUAUGCCAAGCCAUAUAACAACAGAUACAACGAAAUCCAAUAAUGGAUUUUGUAAGAUUCAAGAAGAGAUGUACCACAGAAAUCAAAACAAGUAUGCAUUGAAUACAGAUCUGAAUCAGGGCAUUGAGACACCAACCAACUGGAUGCCAUUUUGGCAGAAUAAAAAGUUACAGGAAUUGCAAAAAAAUUACACCUCAAAUGAACCCCUGACACCCUUUAGCAAAUUUUCUAUCUCAAACUACAACAAUGUAGAACAUCCCGAUGAAGCCAAAAACACAUCUUUAACAUGGGAAUUUAAUGGUGACAAUAGAAAAGAUAACGAUAGUUGUUCUGCCCCUAUUAGUAAUGGAAGUACAUGGAUAAAUGACCCGCAUUUGAAUACAUUGGAAAAUAAUUGGCCACAAGGAGAUGAUUUUACAGAUUUGUCAUUUCAAAAUCCAAAUAUACAAGAAAACAAAGAAGAACUUGGUAAAGGAGUGUACAUUUCAAAUAGUGCAACACUGCUGGAUCAGUCUCUAUCUCUGAAGAAAUCAAAUAAUUAUGGUCACUUUAAUUCAAAUGGUGAAUGUGUUGCAAAUGCGUUUGAUGUGUUUGGACAGCAACCUGAAAAUGAGGAAUUCAAUCAGGUAGUUGGUGGCAAAUACCGAGAUGCUGACGAUUCCAGCUAUUGUAAAUCCCUAGAAAUCGGUUGUCCAGACUGUCACAAUAAAAGUGAGGCUCAGGCUACAAUAGAACAUUCGUGCCAACAAUUAGAUAAUGAAGUAAAUGAAAUCAGGAAAGCAACAGAUGUUUCUCAGGCAAACCUCCAACAUCAUUUGGGUCAAUCAUUGUUUGGACAAGCUUCCAUGAACCUUGACGAAAAUUACUCAUUGGAUCAAGAAGUGUUGACUUCAGAUAUCUGUGAAUCCAUGCAGACCAAACAUAGAAACGUUCAGCCAUCUUCUUCAGUAUCGAUGGCCCAAUUGAGAUCCAGUGGCCCCUCUAUUUCAGUUAAACAGGAACAUGAUUCUUAUCUGUACCCGGAGAUUACAAAUAAGGCAACCUUUCAGAGUUCAGAAGGUACAAAAACACAAGUGGAGCAUAUGGACUCCACGCUUCAAAACCAUGUAAACAAUAAUGUAUAUGGUCAGUCUAGAUUUUUGCCCCAGCAACAAGGGGUACGGAGACUUCCUGUGCCUGGUGACUACUCAAACUGUACUUAUAACCCGAUUUCAUCUCUUAUGUACUCAAAAAAUAUUGAGGUACCACCUCAAUUGUACAACCAUGGAAAUCCCAUUGGUUAUUUCACUGCCGAAAACUGUGGACCACUGGACCUUAUGACUGACCAAAAUCCAAUAAAUCAAGUAUCUCACAUACCAUUCCCUCAACCACAGCUCAUGAGAGGUUACCAUCACAGUCUCGCACCAAUGAGAUCUCCGUUUUUGUCACAACCUCAACGAAUCAGACUCGAUCCGCACAAUCCACUUUCCUAUACCGAUUCACACCCCUGCAAUCAAUACUUUACAUCAAAUCAAUAUGUAAUCCCAAGAAUGGCACCUUCUGGAUAUGGUGUGCCAGUGUUUGUGCCACCCCACCAGACAAAGAAUGUGGUUGCCCCAUCCUUGCAGCUGCACCUCUGGCUAGAGGCCUGCUAUGAGCAGUGGAGAGCUUUGGAAAAGGAGAGAAAAAAGGCCGAAUUGGAGUUGGCACAGUGCUAUUCUAAUCGGAGUAUGGCUAGCACUGUUGGAUACUCUGGGCCACGACUUCCAUUUAAUCCAUCUCGUGUCGACAGACUUAUUGUGGACCAGUUGAAAGAGCAAGGAAAGGUGGUGGCCCUGCUGAGCAAGAUGGAGCGUUUACGCAGCACCCCGCUGCAUGCCAAUAUCUCCACAGCAUUAGACAGGCAUCUGGAAGCCAUUCAUAGCUUACACACCGUCCGUAAGGUUGAGAUGUCCAACAUUGCCUGCAGAAACAGGCAGACUCCACCACCGUGCAAUGAGCAAAGAGACAUCGUUGCUAUUGCCUCCUCACUGGGCGAACUAUACCAGACCACACGGCGAGCACGCACAGCAUUCUGGAGUGCUUUGCAAAUGACACUGCCCAAGGUACACAAGACAUGCCCUGAUAUGUGGAAUGGUGUUAUUUCCACUGCUCCUGCAAUAACUGAUGUGUUAGUUAAGUGACACAGGAAUGGAAAAACACCAGCGUGUGUAUUUCAAAUAUGAAAAUGUUAUUCAAGCAAUUACAAUAAUUAAAAGUAGAAUUCUCCGAAAAAAAGUACUGAAAAAUAAAUAACCAAUUCAUGUUAGAAUGUAUGCACUAAUCAAACGAAACUAAUUAUUGUAUUUGGAAAAGUAACGUGACGUUAUGAGACUAAAUUUUUGGGAAAUAUAUUAAUAACAAGCAGUUAUGGUUACAAUUGAUGUCCCCAGCCAUGCGUAAUUCGGUUACUGCUUGCAUUUUAUUUUUCAUUCAUAUGAAUAUGCAGCAUUCAUAAUCAUUGGCCAUAAUCCACUGCUGGAUUACAGCCUUCCCAAGCCAUCGCCAUCUCCCGCGGUCCACCAAUGUAACAAUCUGUCUAGCACCUGUAAACGAGCUAAUAUAAUUGCCCUACAUCCACACGGUGGUACUCUGAAAUGGCUUAUAAAUUAUAAAAUGUAUGGAAUAGAUAGUUGCUAUACAGUGGUGUAGAGGCAAUGUUGUUACUGCGAUAUACAAGAAUCGUUUUACAGCCACAUUGCUAAUAUACAUUGUUUCUUGCCAUACAUUAAUGCAUUUAAUUUGUAUUCAUGUCGUCCCAUUAUAUUCUAGAUAAAAAGACUUGAUUUAGUAAUUUAAAUAUUUCAAAGCCUUUUGUUAAUCCACUGUUGAUGGUAUCGUUAUGGGGGGGGAGGGUUGGAGCACCUUACUUCACCAUGCUGGUCGGUGCGGAAGGAGGCCUCUGGAAGUGGUUUACAUAUCAUUCACCACGGAUGUUACCCAUGGCCAUACAUUAAACUCAGGCUGCUGAAAUCAUAGUGCUGCACACUAACCACUGCACUGCAUUGUGACAUAUACUGUACGCUCGAUUUUAUUGCUACAUUUUUUUUGUUACAUUUAAAAUGUUCUACAAGGUGCCAGUUUGACUUGCAAUUGAUUUUAUAUAUGUGGUCAAACUGAGGGUAUGUUGAUGAAAUGAUAACAUAUACAGCUUUACAAAAAAAAACAGACAUGGCAACAUUUAUUCUGCUUUGGAAAAGGUUAAAUGUGUCUGCCGUUAAUACAAUCCUGCAAGAUGCUUAUCAUUGCAAGAAUGUGACCUUAAGCUAAAAACCAAGCGAAGGUGCUGUGAUUCACAUUACUGGAAUUAAACAUGUUAGAUAUUUUUAGCUAAAUGUUUUAAUUUUUUGCCUUUCUCAAUCCAGCAAUGGAUCAACACUUUCCCACUCCCAUCUGAGUCAUGGUUUUUGUUCAACUUAACCAUGCUGGAAAUUGUUGGGAUAGUGAAUGGGUGGUGGGCAGAACUGAUUUUGAUAUAUCUUCUCAAGGAUGUUAGUUAUGGCUGUGAAUCGAAUUCGGGACAUCGGGUUCAUAGUGCAACACCGUUCCACCCCUAUAACUUAGUACCUUCCUGAUAAAGAGCAGAUCACUAGAAAUAUGGAAACUUUGAAUAGUAAUGGCUUUCGGGAAGAUGCCCAUAGUUCCAUCUCAAGAUUGAUUUCCCAUGAGUCAAUUUAAUUAAAAUAAUAAUCAUUAUCUUACUUGUAUCUAUUGAUUAAUGACAUAUGUAACAUGUCCAGUCUUUAAGGCAUGCACUUAUGUUCCUAAAUUAGAUGAUAUAUCAUCACAGAACUGUCAAUAAUUGGCUUGUCAUGCCACCUCAUUAGUUUGUAAUGUCAAUAAAUAACCCGAUACUGAUAUAUGUUGAGACGUAUGUUUGGCAUGUUGUUUUUGAUCAUUUUUCUGUACCAUUAACCAGCUAAGACACCCAACAGGACACAUUUCUCACAGAUUCCAUAUUGUAUGUGUAAUGUUUAAGGGAACUGAUAGGCUACUUAUUUGAGAUGCCCAGGGAAUGUCCAUCCACCCAUGUGAGGACAUUUCAGAUGCUUCCAUGAAAACUAUCGCGAUCAAACAUACUACACAGCUUGGCAAUACCAAUGCCCAGAUCUGUAAUAGUAUUUAAGAAAGAUUGACUGUGUACCUCCACAAUCAUGCAUAUGCAUUAGAAUGUAAUUGCAUAAAUGUAAACCUGUAGCAAUAACAUGCGGAAAUGUGUACGUGCAUAUACGUGAUUAUGUGCAUAUAUUACUUUGUAGUGGAAUCCCCAAACAAAAUUGAGGCUCCCUUAAUGAGCAGUCUUGUCAGCUUGUAUUUGAGAAUUUCUGUGGCCAAUUCUACAAAAAGCUUUGAUUUUCCAACAUAAAAAAUGUGUUAUUAAAAUGCCUCAAAUGUUACCACAAUAAUUGUUGGUAUUAGUAUGCAAAUAAAGAAUGAAAAAAAAAUCACUAAAUGAAUUAAAUUGUAUUAUAAAAGAAAAUAACAGAAUAUAAGUGUAGGGAAAAUGGCCUUUAAGAGCAUACAUGCUGUUUUUUGUCGGGCUAUUUUCUGACAUUUUAGCCUAUGUUUCAUGUUUCAGGCAGCGUUAAGAUAGUUGUAAGGUGUUUUCAAUAUGUGCAAUAAUUGUGAUGUUAAUGUAAUGGACACAUUGUGUGCAACUGAAUGGGCCAUUUCCGAAUGAAAAUACAGUAUAGAGAAUGUUAUUUUAGUGGGAUAUCUCUAAAUGGAUUGUUCAGGACUGGGAGCCCCUUGAGAAAAAAAGAGCCUGCUCAUAAUUAUGCAUGAGAAUGCAAAUAUCAGUGUAUCACAAUAUGAACACCCUGAUCUUUAAUGAAAUACUACACCUCCGAUUAGUACGGUUGGCUAUGUACCAAUAGUUUUAACUAUUAUGCCAUUUUAGGCAUGAGAAAAAUGUGGAGAAAUUGUUGAAAUAUGAGUUAUAUUGAGCAGCAUUCUAAUAUUGAAAAAAGCUGCACUAUUACUUUAUAAAAAAAUGUUUUUAUGAUUAUGAUAUUUGUUGAUUUGUGGUGUUUAUUAAACGUUUUAACCCACUUCAGUCAAAACUGAACAUUUGAAUCGACUAAGCAUGAGUUUUAUGUAUUUAAAUUUUAUUGUUUCAUUGCCAAUGUUAUGCUUGAAAAUAAAGUUCUCA